CCCCUCUCCUCCCUCUCCAGAUGUGAAUGAGUGUGACCUGAACUCCAACAUCUGUAUGCACGGCGAGUGCGAGAACACCAAGGGAUCGUUCAUCUGCCACUGUCAGCCUGGCUACUCAGUCAAGAAGGGAACUUCUGGAUGUACAGACAUGGAUGAGUGUGAGAUCGGGGCUCACAACUGUGACGUCAACGCCAACUGUGUCAACACCCCCGGGGACUUCCGCUGUUCCUGCCGUGUCGGCUGGGUGGGCGACGGAAUCAACUGUAUAGAUAUGGAUGAGUGCACCAAUGGGACAAGCCACUGCAGUGCCAACGCCAAGUGUCUGAACACACCCGGCUCCUACCGCUGCGCCUGCGCUGAGGGCUUCACUGGAGACGGCUUCACCUGUUCAGACGAGGAUGAGUGUGCAGAGAACGUGAAUCUGUGUGAGAACGGCCAGUGUCUCAACACCCCUGGGGGUUACCGCUGUGAGUGUGAGAUGGGCUUCACCCCUGCCCCGGACAGCCGCACCUGCCAAGAUAUUGACGAGUGCACCUUCCAGAAUAUCUGUGUGUUUGGCACGUGUAAGAACAUCCCUGGCAUGUUCCGCUGUAUCUGUAACGACGGCUAUGAGCUGGACCGCUCCGGAGGCAACUGUACAGACGUGGACGAGUGCCUGGACCCCAUCAACUGUGUGAACGGGCUGUGUGUGAACAUCGACGGCUCCUACGAGUGUAACUGUCCUCCAGACUUUGAACUCAACCCUACUGGGGUGGGAUGUGUAGACACACGUGUGGGGAACUGUUUCCUGGAGCAUGGACCCAGGGYGGACAGGCGGUCCUGCAGUGUGGAGGUGGGGGUGGGAGUCAGUCGCUCCUCCUGCUGCUGCUCCCUGGGGCGUGCCUGGGGAAACCCCUGUGAACUCUGCUCUGCUUCCAACACCUCGGACUAUAAUACACUCUGCCCAGGAGGAGAGGGUUUCAGGCCCAACCCAGUCACCAUCAUACUAGAAGACAUUGACGAGUGUGUGGUGAAUCCUGUAAUCUGUGGUCCUGGCAUCUGCUACAACACACUGGGGAACUACACUUGUGUGUGUCCACAGGAUUACAUGCAGAUCAACGGAGGCAACAACUGCAUGGACAUGAGAAAGAGCCUGUGCUACAGGAACUUCAACGGCACAACGUGUGAGAACGAGCUGGCCUUCAACCUCACCCACAAGAUCUGCUGCUGUGCCUACAACGUGGGCAAGGCCUGGAACAAGCCCUGCGAAGCCUGCCCAACCCCCGGCACCGGUGACUAUAAGACACUUUGUGGAAACAUCAUCCCUGGCUUCAAACUGGAUAUUGAAACUGGGAAAGCAGUGGAUAUUAAUGAGUGCAGAGAAAUUCCAGGUAUCUGUGCUAGCGGGGUCUGUAUCAACCAGAUAGGGAGCUUCCGCUGCGAGUGUCCCACCGGCUUCAGCUACAACGACCUGCUGAUCAUCUGUGAAGACAUCGAUGAAUGUAGCAGUGGGGAGAACCUGUGCCAGAGGAACGCUGACUGUAUCAACAGCCCUGGGAGCUACCGCUGUGAAUGCUCCGAGGGCUUCAAUCUCUCCCCCAUAGGAGCCUGCAUCG